AUGCUAGGCCCUGUUUUCUCGGAUGGUAUCUGUUCUUCUUGUGGCAAUGAAGACAAGACAUUAACAUAUACGCAGUUGAUCUGCAUCUCGGGCAAGCUCGCUGCUAUGAUCAUGGCCGUCAUUCUCAUUGGCGAUCAGCUGCUCAUCACCAUCGGAGACGCAGUGGCCUCGUUCCUGCGGCAGCCCGAAAGUCUGUCGGAAGCAGACACACAACGUCGUACGUCGCCUUCUGGUGCCAGUCGUUGCCGAACGGGGCCUUGGCUGCGUCUCGCUCUCAUGGGGUUUUUUUGUGUACACGUUCAGAGAAACGAAUCCUCGGUCACCAAAUUCAACCUUGACGCCAUGUUCAAGCUAGGCCUCGGCAACAUGCCUGCUACGUGGACGACAAGCCAAAGUGACCACAUCAUAAGAUACCCCGACGCUGAAAACCCGUCGACCUCAUACACGAGUGGUGCAGUUCUAGCCAACUUGCCCCUGAUCGCUCUCAGCUUUUGGUACCUCAUUUUCAACAACUACAUCACCCGGCUGUUUGUCGCGCUCGAGUUCCGAAGCUUUUCGACACGCCGUCGGGGCCUUCUAGUCAGCAAGCAUUCUAAAGAUACCAAGCAACGUAAAGUACAUUUCCUGCAGAUCCCUCUGAGGCACAGUCUACUCAACAUCGCGGUAUUUGUCCUCCUACACACCCUUCUAUCCCAGACUCUAUUCCUACGCAGAGUCUACGCCGUCUACCCGCAAUCCUUUGACAAUCCCAAUGACAUUGGUAAGAAGCUUGUCCCAAUGAUUGAAUAUUCGCCCUUGGCGAGUCUUGCGUUUGCCUCUUUGUCAACGGCUUUGGUGGUUACGGGUGUCAUCAUAGGUCUGCUCAAAAUCGACUGGAGGUUUCCCAAUACGGGCGGAGACUCGCUUGCCAUCGGGGCAGCUUGCCAUCCCCCUGAUGGCAUUAGCAAUACUGAAGAUGGUGAGCUUGCUGCCGGUACGGCCGCCAGGCGAAACGGGACGAAUAGCGCUGUGUUCUUAACAAGCAUCGCGAGUGAAGGUAGAAAGCUUCUAGACCUUGAAUUCUAG